AUGAGCAACGGUGCCAAUUCCUCCCUCAGCAGGGAGUUUACUGCGGAUCAACUACCACAAGACCCGUUUCUCCCUUUGUCGGAACUUCAAGGGCCAAUCUUCCUCGACACUGAGGCCUGCUUUUGCGCUCUUCAGUCGGUUGAACUUGACCAGGGCAAAGAUGCCGUCGCAUGGCAGUGCGUGGGCGACCAGACCAAAGCUUAUAAAACUCUCGACGGCAAAUGGUUUCCCGCAAAGAAUGGCAACAAAAGUGUGGCAACGUCAUUCAGCGACGCGAGCAACCCACCCGACACGGAUAAGCCUCUGUUUUUCGACGACAACGCCAAGGAUUUGGUCGAUUUAAAGGAUAAGAAACCCCUUGGUGUAUACAAUGGUGCAUGCACAGGCAAGAACAAUACGAAAUUUUCGCAAUCAAUUUACGAAGCCAAUGAACAAAUCGCUGCAAACCAGUACCCAAUCUCUGGCGUGCCUUGCUUCCAGCCAGGCGCGGUCCCGCUCAAGAUUCAAUAUGCAGACUCGUGGCAGAAGAACGGCUGCUCCGAGGGCUUUCUUUGUCAAAACAAUACGCUGAAUUCACUUCCGGUGUUCUGUCCUCCUGUCAAAGAAUGUCUCGAGGGCAGACUCGCGGGUUCAACUUGCAAGCUUAAUGGCACAAACAUCCCCAUGGGCUAUUUUGAGCCUGUCGUCUGCCAGGAAGGCUGGUAUUGCCCCCCUGACAAGCAUGGCAAGGCAACAUUGCUCUGCCCGGCAGGCCACUACUGUCAACCAGGUGCCGCUACCCCGACUCCCUGUGCAGUCGGAAGCAGGUGCCCUGAAGGUUCGAAAAAGGAAACCUACUUUGUUCCUCUCGCCAUCAUGAUCAUUUUGGAUAUUUUUCUCCUCCUUGGCGUUUUGCUACUGCGAUUUCGGUCGCGGUUGCGCAGCACGUCAACAGCCCGAGGCGUCGCUUUUUUGGAAAAAACAAAGGGCAUGAGUGCACUGCAGGCUAGCAUGGCGCAGUACGAGCGUCUGGAUGACGAGAACGAGCAUGACGCCGUACAGCAGGAAAUGAUCCCCAUGGGGUCGACAUAUAUGCCAGGACGUGAUGGAUGGCAUGGAUUCCAGGCUGUCUUUGACAUGUACUCACAAACUGGCGAGGCCGAGACGAAGCCGGCCAACUCGGUUGAGCUUAACCCGCAGCUCAAGGCAUUUGUCGACUCAAUGCGCAGAGCAACAGAUGCACAGGAUUUCGGCCUUUCGUUUGGAUACAACGGUCUUAGCUUCCAUCCCAAGAGUAGCCCUCGCCCUAUUCUGCAGAAUGUCACUGGCUCGAUCGAAGUCGGCUCGCUAGUUGCUGUCAUGGGUGGCUCUGGAGCUGGCAAGUCUACAUUUGUCAACGUGCUGAUGGGCAAGACUACUCAUACUGGUGGCAUGGUCACUAUCAACGGGAUGCCAAGCAAGAUCUCCCGGUAUAAGAAGCUCAUUGGGUACGUCCCUCAGGACGAUAUUGUCCUGCCGGAGCUUACUGUGUUCGAAAACAUCCUGCACUCUGCAAGGAUUCGUCUGCCACGGAACUGGAAGGAUGAGGACAUCAAGUCCCACGUCGAAUGCGUCAUUGAUUGUUUGGAGCUCUCUCACGUCCGCGACUCACGCGUGGGUAGCAUUGGAAAGCCUAUUCUCUCUGGUGGGCAGCGCAAGCGAGUAAGCAUCGGCAUGGAGCUUGCCGCGGCGCCCAUGGCUAUUUUCCUCGACGAGCCUACCAGCGGCCUUGACGCAACUGCUGCUUCCUCCAUCAUGAAGACGCUGAAAGCUCUGGCGCGCCUUGGCAUCUCUGUCAUCACUAUAAUUCAUCAACCGCGCGUGGAAAUUUUCGAAAUUUUAGACAAUCUGAUUCUUUUGGCCAACGGCCAGAUCAUCUACGAGGGUACUCAGAUGGGUGCCAGCCAGUAUUUCGGCAACAUUGGUUUCCAAUUCCCGCCGCACAGCAACUAUGCCGACGUCAUCACCGACAUCAUCACCGGUAAUGGUCGCGACUACAAAAAGAGCGGCGAUGUUUCCAAGGACGCCUUGAUCGCUCACUGGGCAAGCCACAUGACAACUCUGCCGCAGCGCCAGCAGGGCAACAACUACAGAGCAUCUUCAGUCUACAACGAAAAGUCCAUCAAGCAAGUUCUCGUCCAGCGCGGUGCUCCGCGGUGGAAGCAGAUGUGGCUGUGCCUGAGUAGAGCUAUGACGCAGCAGUAUCGCAUGAAAGGCGCCUUCGUCGCCGAGAUGGGUCUGGCCGGCCUGGCCGGCCUUUUACUUGGAUUGGCGAUGAACUCGAGAAAUGGGGUCAUGUUCAAAGGCCUCUAUAACUCUCCUUUUGAGCAGCUCUCUGUUGCUACAGAUUUUGCUUCCGCACCGCAGCUUGCUCUUCUCAUCGCCAUCGCCAUCGGUCUCGUCUCUGGUGCGCCCGGUGUCAAGACUUUUUCGGAGGAGCUGCAGCUUCACAAGCGUGAGGCCGAAGCUGGCCAUUCUCGCGUCGCCUACUUCAUUGCCAAAAAUCUGUCCGUCUUUCCUCGUAUGCUCCUCGGCUGCUUGCACUUUACUACGCCGCUCAUGCUUCUCGCGACACCUAUUAUCCCUUGGGGCAUUGCAUUUUUGGCGAAUGUAUUUUAG